UGUUUGUUCAGGUCACACAGGGGCGCGGCUGGUGAACGGACCGGACUCCUGUUCUGGUCGAGUGGAGCUCCAGUACCUCAGUGACUGGGGCACAGUUUGUGCUGUAGGCUGGGAUAUGAGAGCUGCAGAUGUUCUCUGUGCACAGCUGGGUUGUGGGAGUGCUGUGGCUGUGGUGGAGGUGGACUGGUUUGGGGAGGGGAGUGGCCACAUCUGGGCUGAUGUGUUUGAUUGUCAGGGGAAGGAGACACAUCUAUCACAACGUGGGAUCUCAUCAUGGAGUCGAGCUGCAUGCUCUCAUAAACACGAUGCUGGAGUCAUCUGUAAUGGAUCAUCCGUGGCGUUUCAUGAGGGGCGAGUGCGGUUGUCUGGAGGGAGCGAGUGUCAGGGGGAGGUGGAGAUUUAUUUCAGACAGGACUGGAGGAGAGUUCUCCUGGACUCGUGGAGUCUGACUGAGGCGUCCGGGCUCUGCAGACAGCUGGGCUGUGGCUCCGUGAUGAACUACCGCUCCUUUCCAUCCACCACUGAACACAAACACAUGUGUGUAACGGGUUUCAGCUGCUCUGGGAGUGAAGCUCAUCUGGGGAAUUGCAGCAGUGCACAACCUGUCAACUGCAGCUCCGGGGAACAGCUGUACAUCACCUGCUCAGACCCCAGCUCCAUCAGACUGGUUGGUUCUGGGGGAGACUGUGCAGGAAGGCUGGAGGUUUUCCACAGCGGCUCGUGGGGGACAGUGUGUGAUGACUCGUGGGAUAUUGAGGAUGCGCAGGUGGUGUGCAGACAGCUGCAGUGUGGAGUGGCCCUCAGUACCCACAUACCAGCCUGGUUUGGUCCUGGAACUGGGUCCAUAUGGCUGAAUGAGGUGGAGUGUGAGGGGAACGAGACGUCCCUGUGGAACUGCAGAUUUCAGCUGUGUGAAGAGGGUGAAUGUGGACACCAGGAGGACGUAGGAGUCGUGUGCUCAGAGUUUAAAGAGAUCCGACUCACGGAGGGCUGUGAGGGGAAUCUGGAAGUGUUCUACAAUGGAACCUGGGGUAAUGUGUGUCACAAUCAGAUGGAGUCAGAAACAGCAGAUAUGGUGUGUCGAGAGCUGAACUGUGGAAGACGCGAGCGUUUGGACUCGGCCAGAGCGAGAGUCGAAUCUGCUCCUAACUGGCUGGAUCAUGUGAAAUGUAGGAAACACGACUCUAAUCUGUUGAAGUGUCCAUCUUCACCCUGGGGACAGAACAGAUGUGAUAAUCGUGCUGAGGUGGUUCAUAUUACCUGCACAGGUAGGAGGAGUCUCUCUCUCUACUAGUUUUAUACAUUGCUGUAGAAUUUGCAUAAAUAUUCCAGCUAUAAAAUAAGAAAGAGAGAAAAGUCUGUUUCAUGCAUUUUAUUACUGCAGACGAUGGAACGUCUCUACGUACUCAUGGAGCAUGCUCGUCAUUUCCUCUUCAGAAAUAUUGCUCAAGUAA